AUGGAACCAUCGAGUGGAAGUGCACAAAAUGUUCGUCCAAGUCGAGUGUACAAUCUGACUUGUGAGGACGCUGAGGCCGAUCCUGCAGUUAUUGAAGGUACACUGUUCUUUUCGAAUAUUCCAGUUCAUGCUUUAAUAGAUCCAGGUGCUACGCAUUCAUUCGUGUCGCAUGCAUCAGUAGAAGGAUUACAGUUAGAACCUAGGGAAUUGGGUUAUCAAAUGGUAAUAGCCACUCCUAUGGGUUCAACUCUAAGAACUGCGGUAGGAUGCCGCGAGUGUAAUUUUAAUAUGGGAUCGAAAAGUUUCAAGAUUGAUUUAGUGGUGUUAGACAUUCAAGAUUUCGACAUAAUUAUCGGUAUGGAUUUCCUAUCGCUACAUGAGGCUAAAAUAGAUUGUAAGAGUAAGACCGUGAGCUUACCCAAGCUUAACGGAGAGUGGAUUGUGUUCCAAGGUCAAAAUAGGAAGAUUAAGAGAGAAAAUGGCAUGACUUUGCACACGUUACAGACAACCAAACCCAAAUCAGGAAAGAAAAGUCUCGAGUUGGAAUCAGUGAGGGUCGUGAAUGAGUAUCCUGAGGUAUUUCCCGAGGAAUUACCAGGAUUACCUCCCCAAAGAGAAAUUGAAUUUUUGAUAGAUCUUGUACCAGGUACACAGCCAAUAUCCAUACCUCCGUACAAGAUGGCCUCUGCUGAGAUGAGGGAAUUGAAGGAGCAAUUACAAGACUUGACUAACAAAGGAUUUAUCAGACCAAGUGUGUCACCCUAG